AUGGCUGAUUUGGAAAUUAAAGAUGGACAUGUUUAUAAGGGAAUUGUAGCUUCAAUGCCAGAUGAGCCUAGAGCAUGUGGCUGUGUCCAGGCAACCCCAAUAGUUGAGAAUGUUGCUCCUUAUUCUUCCAUAGAGAAUAUCUCAGUUCAGGUACUAACACCAGAGUACAAGAUCGGAAUGGAGCGUCUGGUGAAAACAAAGACUCCGCCGCUGAAGGCUUCAAAGCUCUGGCGUGAUAAACCAGCUGUGCUUCUAUGCAUUCGUCGCCCUGGGUGCAUCAUGUGCAGAGCUGAAGCCCACCAACUCUAUGCAAGGAAACCAAUAUUUGACGCGUUGGGGGUUCAGUUAUUUGCUGUUCUUCAUGAGCAAAUAGAAUCGGAGGUAAAGGAUUUCUGGCCUCGAUAUUGGGGUGGUGUAGUCGUCUUUGACAAAAGCAUGAAAUUUUAUAAAGCUCUGGGAGGAGGAAAUCUGCUAAAAGACAAGUUCAUAUCAGGCUUUCUAUUUAAUCCUCGAGCUAUUUCAAAUUAUAGGCGAGCAAAAUCUAUGGGGGUGAAUCAAAACUUCAGGGGUGAAGGUGAAACAAAAGGAGGACUCUUCAUUGUUGGCAAAGGAAAAAGCGGAAUUGCUUAUCAAUUUAUUGAAAGGAAUUUUGGAGACUGGGCACCCCUUACUGAAAUUUUUGAAAUCUGUCGCCGCUUACAGGAAAGUCAGUUAGAGUCGAUCACAUCGAUACAACAACAGGAUUAGCUAUGGUCCAUUGGUCAAUGCUUCUAUGGAACAAGCCUGGCUAUUGAACCUCAAGCUAAAAAGAAGCUGUCUCUUCCAGACUUUAGAUUUAAUGUUUCAUUACCACAGUCCGCAGCUGCUUCAUUGUAGGAAUAAUUAUUUCAUUAAAUUUCCUUGACAUUGCUGGAAUGUAAUUCUGUUAGAGUCUAUUGAGACAGGCUAUGUAUCUGUUUCAUUGGUAACUUACGAACACAUUGGGCAAUGUUUAUAACUUCAGCUCACAAAAUACA